CAUAAAUCCUGCGAACUUGUAUUGAUAUUAAAAUAAUUGGACAUAUUAAGUAAAUAAAUUAAAAAAAAAAGACCAAUAGAAUCAGCUGUCAAUAAUAAACAGGAAAACUUAGCAAUAAAGAAAUUAUUGCAUUAAUCCUUGGUAUGGUAGGAUUUCCUUGUUCUACCAAGUAGGAUUUUAAGGUAGGAUUUCCUUUUUCCUACUCCUUAACAAUUACGGAGUCCAAGUUCCCUUCUUAUAUAUAGCUAGCUUUCUUCUAUACUUUGUUUCCACGUUAACGCACUGCUCCUUUGAGAAUUAUGAAGCUGAGAAAAUCUAGCAAUAUCAAGUCUCUUCCAAGAGAGAUGUUGGCAGAAAUUCUAAAGCAUGCGGCUUCCAAUUCAAUUACUGAUUUCGUCAAUGCUCAAAUAAGUUGCAAGGCUUUUCUUGGAGCAUCAAACGAUUAUCAAAUCCUUGAGAACGUUUCGAUGGCGAAUAUCAACUUUGUCCCUUGGUAUAAAUGCGAGAAAAUCUUUUUGAAAAAAUGCAAAGAUGCCAAGAAUUCAGAAGCAUUAUAUAGGAAAGGGAUGAUCAAUUGUUUUAAUAGAAGGAAACUAGAGUCAGGAUUGUGUUACCUGAAGAAAGCAGCUGAGAAAGGUCAUUUCGAAGCCAAAUAUACGUAUGGCAUUAUCUUAAUUUGUUUGGGAGGUGAGCUUAAACGCCAAGGACUUCAAAUUGUGUCUUCUCUCGAUCGCACGAGCUCCAACACAAGAUUCAAGAUUGCUAGUUGCCGCUCGAAAACAGAAAAUAUGUUGAGCAGCAUGUGGGUCUAUGUGUCUUUAGAUAGGCCAAAAGAAUCUGCAAACAAUGCAAAACUCAACUGCAAAUGUGAUGACAUUAUUACGCCAAGACCAAACCAGUGGGAAGCAAGCAAUAAUCUACAUGAUAACCUCCCUUGUUGUGACUCUUGCUUUUGGGAUCAUGAAGCAACUUUAUUUUCUAACAUGCUUAGGAAAUACCUAAUUAAUAAAGUUCAAUAAUCCUUGUUGAUUCAGUGCAUGUAAUCUAAAUUUUAUAUAUCUAUUCUUUUAAUCUUGUAUUGGACAUAUAAUUAAAUUUACUGAUUUAAAAGUUGUGAUCAUGUACUUGAUUUUGAUAAUUAAAGAUGACUGAAAUAUUAUUGAUUUAGAUAUCUUAUAGAGCAAAGUAAUUAAACAGAACAACAGACUAAACAAAAUCUUAAAUGUUUACGUACGAGAAAGCAUAUUAACAGUUUCUAGGUACUGUAGCAUAAUCCAAACUUACAGGAUCA